GUCCAAAACCUUCUACUUCCAAAGAACACACCAUUCGAUCCUUCAUCAUCCUGCAAAUUACAAGCGACUGUUUCUUCCAGUAAUCACCCAACAAGAUCUUACACGGAUAAUCGACGUAAGAAAGUGCCAUCAACUACAGAUCAAUUCCAUCUCUACCAAACUUCUCGACUGAUCGUGACAAAAUGGCUCGUUCAAUUUGGCCAUCGUUCACAACUUACAUAGUAACAAUUGCACUGUUGGUCGUCGAAGCUGAGGCCUUUACGACAGCUCCGGAAUGUAGGAGAAUUACGAAUGCCAAUAAAAAUAUUUUCGGAAGAGUCCAACAAUUAUCGAUGGUGGCGCAAAUGCCGACGUCAAAUGUUACUAUUGACGACAUGAUGCUUGCGGACAGCGUGUUCGUGGAUGAGGUCAACGUCGAAGAUGCCAAAUACAAGGAUGAAGACGAAGAAAUUGAGGAUCUCUCUACAGUAGACACAAUGGAAAUUAAGAAGCGGCUGUUAGACCUCCUGCCUCGAAUGAAAGGUACGCCAGAGGAAUACAACAUGGUAGAAUCGUACGUCAACACGUUAGAAGAUCGCUACACACCAGUUCAAACUCUGGAUUUCCUGAACUUAGCUAUGUCUGGCGAGUGGCAACUCCUAUUUUCAACCAACCUCGGGGGAAGUAUGAGAAUGAAUUUCCGACUGAGCGAACUCUUUCAACGAAUCGAAGCUAAUUCUCUCAACGGAACAGUCGUUAACGAGGCCACAUGGUCUCUGGCCGAAGAUCACACAGACCCUACACCAGCCACUUCUUUUGAAGCCUUUGGGAAAUUUUCGAUCAAGUGUUCGUAUUCGAUCAACCAAGGUGCAAGGAUGGUCAUGGAAUUGAACGAUCACGUCAUCGAAUUAUCGAAGGGAUCAAAGGUUCCCAAGGAUCCAGAAAAACUUGUAGGUAUGCUGUACAGAGCUAUUCCGACGGAACUCUUCGACCCUAACGAUCACGCUAUGGAUACGACAUACUUAGAUGGCGACCUACGAAUUGUAAGGAUGGCUGGUCCAAAAUUCGAAUCUGUCCGUGACAUUUUCAUUCGAAGGGGCAGUAUUGAAAUCAACCCUGUGUAGAAGGCACUGAAAAUAGGUUUCAGUUUUGUAACCUGUGUUCGUAGAACUCAAACAAAUGAAGCAUUUGGCCGACUGGAUGUCAAAAUUUUAGCAAUUGUUCAAUGAUUGGUGGGUCGGAGACGAGAAGUCGAGGGGAAGGGGAAGGAGAACCUUGGUUCAUAUCAAAAAAGACUUUUGAUAGCGGGAUUGUAUUUGUCCUGGUGGCUAUAACAGAUAAACGCUCAAGCUAAAA